AAACAACAAAAUUAACAUUUUAAAUUUGCAAGGUGUUGCCUAACCUAGGUGAACCAUCCCUUUUUGUUUAGCGAAUUCCAUUUGGCAAUAUUGACCAGAAUCGAGGCCACACACUGCUCCUUAUCCCUGUUCUGGCCGUAGUAAUCGACAAACUCUCCGUCCGGGUUGACUAGAUACAUGAUAAUGGUGUGGUCUACAAUAUAGUCGUUAUCCUCGUCGCGUGGACCGGCACUGAAGUAAACGCGGAAGGCCUUGCACACAUUUCGGAUCUGGUCCACAGUUCCGGUUAGUCCCAACAGCUUUGGUGAAAACUCCUUGACAUAUUUUCCGACCACUUCCUUGGAGUCACGUUCUGGAUCCACUGUGAUGAAAAUGGGCUGCACUGCCGGCGUCUGUGGAGACUUUUCUGAAAUGCCACAAACAGGAUGAUUCACAUUCAGCGUGUUUUAAUUUUGUCUUUCUACCCACCGACUUCAUCGACGACAGCCGCCAUCUUCUCCAGUUCAUCGGGACAAAUGUCUGGACAAUUGGUGAAGCCAAAAUAUAUAAGCAGCCAUUUUCCCAGAAAUUCCUCAGAUUUCCGCACUUCUCCUUGGGAGUCGACCAGGUCCCAUCGUCCGCCGAUAGCUGCCUUGCCGAGCUGCCUCUUACGCUCCAACAUGCGUGCCUCAUCCUUCUCGCUCUUCACAUAGAGCAUAAAUCCCAGUCCGCCGGCGCCCAGAACUCCAACCACAGCCAAGCCUUUCCACGAUAUCGGCCCCUUUCCCUUAACGGGAUCUGGGGCCGCAGCCAAAUUACGUUGCGGCCGGAGGACUGGCUGGUGGGCCAAGCGUCUGCAGCUGCCCAGCAGACGUUGCAAGGAGCGUGACAUCUUAUCUGGCUAUUUCAGGAAUUUUCAACUUUUACGUAAAUCGGCUGGAGAAUAAAAUCUCGCCGGUCCGCUUCUUAUUCUUAUUAAACUGACAUUCUCAAGGGAAUCGCAGCUGUUUGUAAAUUGGUGCUGCCAACCUGGGGCAAUCUUGGCAUUAUUUUCGACUCACAACACGUGCAGGAACGGAACUAAAUAAUAUUAUUAGCUAAAAUGUCCAGUCCCAAGAGAAAUGAGCCGUUGCUGUACAUGGAGGAGCAUAGAGUCAAAGAGGAUCCGCAGGACUAUGGACUGGCCGACGAUGUGUUUAACAUGGAAAUCUUUAAAAAGAAACUGCAAGUGGCAAUCAUCCGAAACGAUGAGGACGGCUUGGAGUUUGACAUGAUGGGCGUGUAUCCGGCCAUAGCCAACGCCUUUCGCCGCUUAAUGCUCAGCGAGGUGCCCAGCAUGGCCAUAGAGAAGGUUUACAUCUAUAACAACACCUCCAUUAUACAAGACGAAGUGCUGGCGCAUCGUAUGGGACUUCUGCCCUUGAAGGCCGACCCCCGGCUAUUUGCCUAUCGCACUGAAGAGAGCAGCGAGGCUGGAACCGAGCAGGAUACUCUAGAGUACGAGCUCAAAGUCAAGUGUACCCGCCGCAAAGAUGCCAGCAAAGAUCAGUCGAAUUUCGAUGACAUCUACAAAAACCACAAGGUCUAUUCGGGUCAUUUAAAAUGGCUGCCCAAGGGGAAGCAGGCACAAAUUUACAGCGAGAGCAUGGUCAAUUGCAUCCACGAGGACAUACUCAUCGCUCAACUGCGACCAGGACACGAGCUGGACUUGCGUUUGGUAGCUGUCAAGGGACUGGGCAAAGAUCAUGCCAAGUUCUCGCCGGUGGCAACCGCCUAUUAUCGCCUAUUGCCACAGAUCAAGCUGAAUCGCGAGGUUUUUGGCAAGGAUGCAUACUUGCUGCAGAGCUGCUUCUCGCCCGGUGUAAUUGGAAUCGAUGAGAAUGAGUGUGCCUAUGUGAAAGACGCCCGCUAUGAUAGCUGCAGUCGCAACGUCUACCGCUAUCCCCAGCUUGCGGACUCUGUGAGCCUGGGGCGUGUGAGAGAUCAUUAUAUAUUCACUGUCGAGUCUGUAGGAUCUCUGAAACCAGACGUGAUCUUCCUGGAAGCUGUCAAAGUUCUCAAAAAGAAAUGCCGCGCUUUUAUAGACGAAAUAGAAGCGGAAUAGUUUUAUUAUUUAGGCAUUCCAGUGUUAAUUAUUCUACGUACAUAAGAAACAACGAUAUAAACAUAUGUAAUCUUAAG